AUGCCAUCUUCCACACCUUGCUAUGACUAUAACGAUUCAAAGAAAUUCAUGAAAAUCCCAGCAGAAAUCCCAAUCAAGCCAUCGUCGAUCUCUGCACACCCUUCAGAGGCUCCAUUUGGUGGCAUGUGUUGAGCGGGGGUGUGGAUGUAACCAAAAUCGACCAGCGACUUCUCUCAAAAGCAGCCGUCAAAGGGAAAUCGAAAAAUAUGACGCUGGUCUCUCAUUACGAUCUACCAAACCUUGAAGAUCCCAUUCUGAAAUUCAGCAUCGUUCGUUGUCAUACCGACUCCACCUAUCACUCCCAACUUCUGAAAUAUCGCCGUCACCUUGAUCGAGCAAAGAGGAGAUCUACAUCAAAAAUUCAUAGAAACUUGAAGUAUGACGCCGAUGAAAUUUAA